AUGGACACCCGCCGCGCAGGCCUGCUGUUGUUGAUCCUCUUCGGAAUCGCUGGUUUGGCAUGGAACUCGAGAGUCAGCAGCAUCGUCGAGGUUGUUCCAGCGACAAUCCCGCAGUCGGCUGCGGCGGAGCUGCAAGAGGCGAAGCAAGAUCCAGCCCGGCUUCGGCAAGGGCAGUCUGUUGGAUACACCGCUUUAAACGACGAGAUGAAGCGGAUCGUGGAUGAGCUCACGGACGUGGUAGUUCUCCGCACCUGGGCAACUCCCUCCUGGUUACACGCCGUGUCUGCGACCGCCAAAGAUGACGCUUCCAAGGAGCUGCGGACGCAGAAGCUGCGCGAGUGUCCUUUGACACUGCUUGCUCAGUGGGUGUUCGACGAGGGCUGCGUGGGCGACUUCACAUUUGCCAUCGACAUCGGUAUGAAUUUGGGAUGGUUCUCUGCACUGGCAGCGGCCAGCGGCCUCCACGUCCUUGCCGUGGAGCCGCGGCAAGCGCCUUUGAGGUACAUGGAGAAGACCAUCGCCCUGAACGGCUGGCAGGGUCGAAUUGACCUCCUUCACGGCGGUUUGGCGGAGGCAUCCGGCCAGCUCUAUGUGGAUGAGUCACGCUGGUGGGAACGGAGGUCUGCAUCUCGAGAGGCCGGCGACGGUCGCAGCGCCACGAAGGCCCUUCGCUUGGACGACGCUGUGCCCCCCGACUCCAAGGUGUGCCUGCUGAAAGCUGACUGCCGCGGGUGUGAAGCAGAGGCCUUCCGCUCGGGCAAGGAGCUCCUGGCCGCUGGAUCGAUCCAGGUGGUGCAGAUGGAGUACGACCAUUCCCCGGCCGCCCAAUCUGCGCUCGAAACGCUCCAGCAGCUGUCACCUCGGCCCUGGCAGUGUAUCCUCCUGCCCGCCGGUCUCCGCUGUGCCGGUGCAGACUUGUUGGACGCUGAAGCGGAAGCCCUCCGAGAAAUUUGGGAUUUCAUUGUGGCAGGGGUUCACAUAGACUGCCGGGCCGCCAAGCUGGUGGAGACAGCACCGGAGCAGGUCAUGCGGGGCUACCACACCGACCUUUGGUUGGUGCACGACGACACCAUGGACCGACUCAGGGCAGAGCCGCGGUUUGUGGCCGCCUCACAGCGAGCGGCAGAGGCUGCUAACCAGCAGUGCCUCCUGGCUGCAGACCUCAUAAAUCCAUGA